AUGGUUGUCAAGGUUGGUAUCAACGGAUUCGGUCGCAUUGGCCGUAUCGUCUUCCGCAAUGCUAUCGAGCACAACGACGUCGACAUUGUCGCCGUGAACGACCCCUUCAUCGAGCCUCACUACGCUGCCUACAUGCUCAAGUAUGACAGCACACACGGCCAGUUCAAGGGCGAGAUCAAGGUUGACGGCAACAACCUGACCGUCAACGGCAAGACCAUCCGCUUCCACAUGGAGAAGGACCCCGCCAACAUCCCAUGGAGCGAGACCGGCGCCUACUACGUCGUCGAGUCCACCGGUGUCUUCACCACCACCGAGAAGGCCAAGGCCCACUUGAAGGGUGGAGCCAAGAAGGUUGUCAUCUCUGCUCCCUCCGCCGAUGCCCCCAUGUUCGUCAUGGGCGUCAACCACGAGACUUACAAGUCCGACAUCGAGGUGCUCUCCAACGCCUCUUGCACAACCAACUGCCUUGCUCCCCUUGCCAAGGUUGUCCACGACAAGUUCACCAUAAUUGAGGGUCUCAUGACCACCAUCCACUCCUACACUGCCACCCAGAAGGUCGUUGACGGCCCCUCCGCUAAGGACUGGCGUGGUGGCCGUACCGCUGCCCAGAACAUCAUUCCCAGCAGCACUGGUGCCGCCAAGGCUGUCGGCAAGGUCAUUCCUGAGCUCAACGGCAAGCUCACUGGUAUGGCCAUGCGUGUUCCCACUGCCAACGUCUCGGUUGUCGACUUGACUGUCCGCAUCGAGAAGGCUGCGUCCUACGAUGAGAUCAAGCAGGCCAUCAAGGAGGCUGCUGACGGCCCACUCAACGGCAUUCUCGGCUACACUGAGGACGACAUUGUCUCCACUGACUUGAACGGUGACAACCGUUCUUCCAUCUUCGACGCCAAGGCUGGUAUCUCCCUGAACAAGAACUUCGUCAAGCUCGUCUCCUGGUACGACAACGAGUGGGGUUACUCCCGCCGUGUCCUUGACCUCCUGGUCUACAUUGCCAAGGUUGAUGGCAACGCUUAG